AUGGUUUGCUUUCAGAAACAUGCCGCUGCCAUAGUGAUUGUGCUCAGCUUCCUCCUCCUAGGUUGUGAAGCCAAUGAUCCUCCAUCUUCCUCCACGGUCAAGCACAAGAAGAUGGAGGCCACCGUGCACGUCCGCAAGCUACUCAACCUCACUGCCGUGGAGGCGGUGACGGCGGAGAACCGCUGGAAGGCGGCGGCGCCGAGCGAGUGCUCGGAGGACGCCGUGGUGGUGUCCCAGUCGGAGGCGGGCGAGCGGCCGGGCGGCAUGCCGUGCUACAGCGUGACCAUCACCAACACCUGCGUGUCCUGA